GCAGCAGCAGCAGCAACAAUCCGCAGCCGAAUAACACCACAGUUGCGGUCAAACGGUCCCCGAGCCCACAGCUUCCCGCCAUGGAGUCUUCUGAGCACCAAGAGCCUUCGGCGCCGCGCCCUGGAGACCCCGGACAGUUCCUCAGCCCGCUGCCUCUGAGUCUGCUCUUCCUCGCUACCUCACUCACUGGCUCGCUCGUUAUGAUGUACGCCUUGAUCAUCGCCACGGCUAUCCCAUCCAUUACGUCGGCAUACGGUACCAUCGAAGAUCUGGACUGGUAUAGCACCGCAUAUCUUUUUGCAACGUGUGCGGUGCAGCCGCUCGUCGCCAAGCUCUACGAUUUCUUCCGCCUCAAGGAUGUUUAUGUCGGUAGCAUCAUUCUGUUCGAGAUCGGAAACCUGAUAUGCGCGCUGGCCCCGACGAGCGCCACGUUCAUCGGCGGCCGCGCCGUGGCCGGCCUCGGUGCCGCCGGCCUCUUCACCGGCGGCCUGGUCAUACUGACGGCCGCCUCGCCGCCAAAGGUCCGCCCCAUGCUCAUCGGCAUGGGCAUGGGCCUCACCAUCGUCGGCGGCGUCGUCGGCCCCCUGGUGGGCGGCGCCAUCACGGAGCACCUCGGGUGGCGCUGGUGCAUGUGGAUCUUCCUCCCGCCCGGCGCCGUCUCCGCCGCCGUCUUCCUCCUGAUCCGGGUGCCCGAGCAGCGCAAGAAGCUGCCCGCCCGCGCGGUGCUGCCCACCCUGCACACGUCCCUCGACCUCAUCGGCUUCGGCCUGUUCGCGCCCUCGGCCGUCAUGCUGCUGCUGGCCCUCAGCUGGGGCGGCGGGCGCCACGCGUGGGGUACGCCCAUCAUCAUCGGCCUGCUCUGCGGCGGCAGCCUCCUCGCGCUCGUCUUUUGCGCCUGGGCCUGGUAUAGGAACGAGAAGGCGCUGAUCCCGCCCAACGUCAUCAGAAAGACCGUCGUCUACUGCGGCUGCGCCGUCGCCUUCCUGCAGGUCGGCGCCUUCGCGACGCUGGGCGACUACCUGCCCCUCUGGUUCCAAUCUGUGCUGGGGGCGUCUCCCACCAACAGCGGGCUGAUGUUGCUGCCCACCAUGAUCACGCAGCUCCUCGCCACCAUCUUUUGUGGUCUCCUCUUCAACAAGUUUGGAUACGCACCAGCCUGGGCACAGACGGGCAACAUCCUGUCCGCCAUCGGCUCCGGCCUCUUGACGACCUUCAACCCGUCCACCAGCCAGGCCGAAUGGAUCGGGUACCAGAUCCUGGUCGGCAUCGGGCGCGGCUUCGUCAUCCAGAUACCCCCGAUCGUGCUGCAGAACCACCUGCCGGGAGAGGAGCUCGCGACCGGCACGGCCCUGCUCGUCUUCUUCCAGUACUUUGGCAGCGCCGUCUUCCUCUGUAUAUCCAAGACGACGUUUCUCAACAGCCUCUACGGCGCCCUGGCCACGGGCAGCCCCGGGGUGGACCCCCAGAGCGUCGUCAGCACCGGGGCGACGGAGCUGGCCAGCAUCUUGACCCCAGAGCAGUACCCGGCCGUGAUAAGAGCGUACAGCGAUGCACUGGUCACAACCUUUUGGCUCUCGGCAGCAGCCAGCAUCACUGCCUUCUUCUUUAGCUUUGGUCUUGGUUGGAAGAAGGUGACGUUGCAGACAAAGAAGCUCAUGGGUGGCGAAAAGGACUCCAAUGGCCCGGCCUCGGACACCUCGGGCACCGGGCCCGCGAAACACGGGAAUACGGGGUCGAAUAGCACUGAGCGGGUGAAGUCUGGCACUGCCUGAUGGCAUAGCAUGUACUUGGCCCUUGGCUGUA